UCUCGCGAUGUUUCGAGGGGAUUUCUCGUGUAUCCGCCAUCCUUGCGGCUCUUUGCAGAAGGGCACGCAGAGGCCGAGACUAGGCUGCCCAGUGGAGCUACAACUCGGCACUUUCAUCCUUCAAACAUGCUGUCCAGGCUCGUUCUUGUUUCAGCCAGUUCCCUGAAAGGCAGUGGUGCCCUUGGAGCUGGCCUGAUCCAGGCAUCUCGCUCCCUGCACACAUCAUCCCAGAGUCUGGCCCCAGUUCCCCCUCUGCCAGAGAAAGGAGGCAAAGUUCGCCAUGGCAUUAUCCCAGAGGAGCUCUUCCAGCUCCUGUACCCCAAAACUGGAGUCACAGGCCCCUACAUGCUGGGUGUCGGCCUCCUAACGUACAUUCUUUCCAAGGAAAUCUACGUCAUCAAUCACGAGACCUUCGCUGCCGCCUCCAUAGGCGCUGUCUUCAUUUACGGUGUCAAGAAAUUUGGUCCAAGUGUGGCAGCUUUUGCUGACAAACUGAACGAGGACAAAGUGGCCAAGGCCCAGGAGGUGAAGGACCUCGCCAUGACGAGCUUGGCUCAGGCCAUUGAGGAUGAGAAAAAAGAACAGUGGAGAGCAGAGGGAAGAUCAGUGCUCUUUGAUGCUAAGAGGAACAAUGUGGCCAUGCUGUUGGAGACCAACUACAGAGAGAGGCUACACAUGGUGACAAAUGAGGUGAAGAGACGCUUGGACUACCAGAUCGCCCUGCAGAAUCUCCACCGCCAGAUGGAGCAGGAGCACAUGGUCAGCUGGGUAGAGAAGAGCGUCAUUAGUAGCAUCACUCCUCAGCAGGAGAAAGAGAGCAUUGCUAAGUGCAUCACAGACCUGAAGGCUCUGGCCAAGGCCACUCAGGCCAAAGCUACAGCCUAAACUGUCAAGUCUUCAGAGAAGGCUUCUUCAACUCAUUGUCCCAAGACGAGACGUUCACUUUUCUUUACAGAAUAAACUAUUUCCUCUCAAAAGGUUGUCUCUGUCAAUAUUAUGGGUGUGUACAGUAUUUACACGUCAGCUGAUGGUAAAAUAAAUGGUUCUCUUAGUCAA